AAAAUAUAUACACUCAGCAGUGAAUUCAUACGAAACCAUACGCCACUUCUAUAUAGCAAAGCUGUAACAGAGAAAGAUAAGUGUAGCAGUUCAAAUAUUCACCAUGACGCAACCAAAGCAAACAGAGACCAAGCUGUGGGGUGGCCGCUUUACCGGCGCGCAGGAUCCGGUGAUGGAGGAAUUUAACGCUUCCAUUCGAUUCGACAAACGCAUGUACAAACAGGACAUCGAGGGGUCGAUUGUAUACGCGAAGGCUAUCGCUAAAGCAGGUCUCAUUACGGACGCUGAAUCUGAAACACUACAAAAGGGGCUACAGGACGUCUUGGAGGAGUGGAAGGCAGGGUCGUUUGUUAUCAAGUCCGGAGAUGAGGACAUUCACACAGCAAACGAGCGUCGUUUGAAGGAGAUGGUGGGGGAUGUCGCCGGAAAAUUACACACCGGUCGUAGCAGAAAUGAUCAGGUAGCGACCGACAUGCGAUUGUGGCUACGCGAAGAGGCGGCAACAAUCAGAAAAUAUCUAGUGAGUUUAAUCAGUGUACAUCUCAACAGAGCACAACAAGAAGUAGACGCCCUCAUGCCCGGUUACACACACUUACAGCGUGCUCAACCCAUCCGCUGGUCACACUGGGUGUGUUCAUACGCCUCGCAACUGACACACGAUCUGGAAGCUUUGGACUCUCUCAUCCACCGUUUCAACGAGUGUCCGUUGGGCUCAGGGGCAUUGGCUGGCAAUCCCUUUGGUGUGGACAGGCAGUUCAUAGCGCAAGAGUUAGGGUUCAGAGGGCCUACAGCCAAUAGUCUCGAGGCCACCCGUUCGCGUGACUUCAUCACAGAGUUCUUGUUCUGGUCAUCGCUAGUAGCCUCGCAUCUGAGUGGGUGGGCUGAGGAUCUCAUCAUAUAUUCCACCAAGGAGUUUGGCUUCAUCUCGGUUGCUGAUGCGUAUAGUACGGGUAGUUCGCUUAUGCCACAGAAAAGAAACGCCGAUAGUUUGGAACUCAUCAGAGGCAAGAGCGGUCGAGUGUUCGGUCAGCUCGCUGGAUUCAUGAUGACCAUGAAAGGCUUGCCCAGUACCUACAACAAAGACAUGCAAGAGGAUAAGGAGGCUCUAUUCAACGUUACGGACACGUUGGAAAGCCUCUUGCAAAUAGCUGAGGGGGUGAUGUCAACGCUGACAAUCGAUGAGGUGAAGAUGAAGAGCGCUCUAGCGAUUGAGAUGCUGUCCACUGAUGUCGCGUACUACUUAGUCCGAAAAGGGGUUCCGUUCCGCGAGGCGCAUGGAUUGGCCGGAGAGGUCGUACGAAUGGCCGAAGACAAGAAGUGUGAAAUGGAUGGGUUGACUAAAGAAGAUAUGCGAACGGUGUCCAAGCACUUCGGAGACGAUGUCACUUCGCUGUGGGACUUUGAAAAUAGCGUCGAACAGUAUCAAGCGCAAGGAGGAACAUCGAAGUCGUCAGUGCUCGGACAAAUAGAGAGUUUGCGAAAAGAACUGGGUAGUGAGACGUCAUAAAUAUAACAAUUAGCAUGCACGCAUCAUCUAUGAGUGACGGUAGGCGCUCCAUCAUCUAUAAGUGACGGUAGGCGCUGGCCAACUAGAGUAUCCCAGUCAAGCAUUAUUAAAAUGGUAUACCCCGUCUUACAAAGUAAAGUAAGGACUGCGCACAUGUAGAGGGCCACCGCUGAC